AGUAUAUAAUAUAUAUUUAAUUUUUAGAUAUGUCUUAGUACUAAAAAUCUUCAACAUGGCAUUCCUACAAGUUAGUGGUACGCACAUCUUCUGCAUAUCCCACAAGUUGAAUCAUAUGUUAUCUAUAUGACAACCAAACUCCCACAUAAGAUUGACCUAACAACAUUAUAAAAAUGUACAUUUAUUUCAUAUUUGUAUAGUUUACUUUUGUUUAAAACCAUAAAAAUCAAGAAUGGCCUUAUAGAAAAUAGGAUAGAUGAAUUCUACCUCUCACCAAAACACCUUUAAACACAUUUUAAUAUUACAACUCUUAAACUUAUCAUUCUUGUGAGGUUUUUGACUUUCCCUCUCUGUUCUAAGGCAUUCUUGUAACAAUGGAGAAGGAUAACAGCAACAAGAAGAGUCUCUCUGAACAACUCAAGCACACGAAUUCCCCGGUGUUCUCCACCGCCAUUUUCUCCUUCAUAAUGCUGCUUGUUGUGGUGGGAACAAUGCUCUCAAACAUGUCUCUAGAGUCAACUUUCUUCUGGACUUCACCGACCUCUGAGGUAAUCACAAUGGAGAGAAAGCCACUGGCUCCUCCUAAGAACAGCACAAGCAGAUACAGAAUCUCUUGGCUUCGUUCUCAUCUCAAAGAAUUCGAGGUUUUCAAGUCAACCAACCUUUCAGAGAAGUUUCACCAAAGGGUUCUUGAGUCUUUAAAUGAUGAAUGUGAGGUUAGAUUCUUCAUGACAUGGUUUUCACCAGCAGAUUAUUUCGGCAAGAGAGAAUUUCUAGCUGUAGAAAGCGUCUUUAAAUCUCAUCCUCAAGGCUGCUUGAUGAUCGUUUCAGGAUCCAUGGACUCUCCACAAGGAAGUACCAUCCUUAAACCAAUAAGUGAUCUUGGUUACAAGGUGUUUGCAGCCACACCAGACGUCUCAUCCCUUCUUGAGAACACACCGGCCAAAACUUGGUUUCAAGAAAUGAAAAGCUGCAAAAGAGAUCCAGGGAGGAUACCGUUAUCUCAGAACCUUUCAAACCUCGCGAGGCUAGCGAUUCUAUACAAGUACGGAGGCGUGUACCUGGACACGGACUUCAUCGUCACUAGAAGCUUUAAAGGGUUGAAGAACUCAAUAGGAGCGCAAACAGUUGUGGAAGGAGAUUCAAAGAACUGGACAAGGCUGAACAAUGCGGUUCUUGUCUUUGAGAAAGAACACCCUCUUGUUUACAGCUUCAUGGAGGAGUUUGCUUCCACUUUUGAUGGGAACAGAUGGGGACACAAUGGUCCUUACUUGGUGACAAGAGUAGUGCAGAGAGCACAAGAGACUAUAGGGAACAGUUUCACAGUAUUGCCACCAGUAGCGUUCUAUCCAUUUAAUUGGAUAGACAUUCAAAGAUUGUUUCAAACGCCAAGGAGCAGGAAUGAGACUACAUUACUCAAAGCUGAUCUGAUCAAGCUGAACAAAAGAAGCUACGGGCUGCAUCUGUGGAAUAAGAUCACUAAAAAGAUUAAGAUUGGAAAAGGCAGUGCCAUAGACAUCAUAAUUUCAGACCAUUGUGUUGUUUGCAAAGGAAUCCAAAGAUGAAGAGAAUCAAAUCAAUGUCUACGACUCUUAACUCUAAUCUUGAUUGUCUAAUUUUGUGUAAGAUUUUGUCCUAAGCCCUAAAUGGUAAACUCUUUUUCACUUCAUAGUCAAAUACAUGAUGUUUAAUAUCUUACACUCAACUCCCUUGUGACACACGUAUCACAACCUCAAAACUCCACAUCGAACUCUCUUUGUCUUAAUGCCUAUAUAUGUGUUGUGUGAUAGAUGAAGGCUAGAAACAGAUUAUUUGCCAACAUUAAAACAUAUACUAUACAAAUAUAUAUGAAGAAAAAGGAAACAUCUAUCCACAAGUUUCCUUUUCUCUAUUAUUGUUAUUAGGGUUUUUCCUAUUUGAGAAAUUGGAGUCACUAAAAAGUAAAAUUUCCAAAAUCCAUUUAAACGUGGCACCAAGGGAUUGGCUCAAGAGAUAUAAACUUACUUGUGUCCUAAGGCAAUUCUAACUCCUACAUCUACUAGGACCUUUGAUUUCUAGUUGUCCUAAACCAAAACAACUUGUUAUAUUGAAUUAAUUUUCAAAACCGCCAAUCACAGAUAGAAUCUUACUCCGUCUUGAGUUAGGAACUAAUCAACAUACAACUUUCUAUAUAAACUAAACCACCUAAGGUGCAUCUGCAACGAAGAAACUCUUGUUCUGUCUUCAGAAGAUUAAGAUGGGAUCAAAGAAGUUAGCGAUGUUGGUUAUCUUUGCGGUUUUUGCUUUAUUAAAUCUCCUCUACAUGGAAUCUCCGACAUGUACUCUCUCCGACGAUAAACCACCGUUCAAACCAAACGUUCCUCUUCCCGGAACCACUGUCCCUAUGAGGACCAGUAGUAGCAACGUCUCUGUUGUGACCUCAGAUCUACAAGAAAAAGAGGAGACAGAUCCGUUGUUACCUCCUCCCAAAGCUACCAAGAGCGAGAGAAUCAUCUGGUUCAGGAGGAAGCUACCUGAGCUGGAGAUACUCAA